CUAUAAAAGUCUAUGUGUUUACAUUUUGUUUACACUUGCAUCAUUUCUCUUAUGUUCAUUGCAUUGUUUAAAUUGCCUUACUUUUCUGUCAGAAUUAAUAAUGUCCAACAUAUUUACACCAACCAAUCAAAUUCGUUUAACUAAUGUGGCAAUUGUUCGCAUGAAAAAAUGUGGAAUCCGGUUUGAAAUCGCUUGCUACAAGAAUAAAGUUGUUUCCUAUCGAAGUAAAGUAGAGAAAGAUUUGGAUGAAGUUCUGCAAAGUCGCACUGUUUUCACCAACGUCUCCAAGGGUCAAGUUGCCAAGAAAGAGGAUCUGAUAAAAGCAUUUGGAACUGAUGAUCAUGAUAAGGUUUGCAUACAGAUUUUGGAUAAAGGGGAACUACAGAUUAGCGAAAAAGAACGGUCGGCUCAACUCGAUGCGGCAUUCAAAGAUAUUGCCACAAUUAUCUCGGAUAAAUGUGUUAACCCGGAUAGCAAACGACCUUAUCCUGUUACCAUGAUUGAAAAAAGCCUAAAGCAGAUUCAUUUCUCUGUCAAACCGAAUAAGAGUAACAAAUCGCAAGCUUUGGUGGCAAUGAAAGAAUUGCAAAAAGUAUUACCGAUUGAGAGAGCUCAAAUGAAGUUGAGAGUUCUAUGUUCCAAAAAGCAUCAGCAAAGACUGAGGACAUUAUCUAAAGAAAUUGAACAUGACAUAGUGCAUGAAGACGGCCAAUUGGAAAUGGUUAUCCAUGUUGAUCCAGGCCACUUCAGAGAGAUCGAUCACCUGAUUAAAUCUACUGCUAACUCUCAACUUCAUGUUUUAUCAUUGAAAGAAGUAACUGAAGGCGAAGAUUCAUUGGAAUGAUAUCCCUGGACAGUUAAUUUGUACUGCCUGGGCUUGGAAACCUCCAUGAUUGAGAUCAAUGAGAACAUUUUCCACCAAUUCCUCAGGAGCGUCUAAUAAAUUGAAAUUAAAAAGUUCUAUUUGUAAA